AUGGAAAUUGAAAGAGUUCUUAAUGCAAUGUUAUUCUUUUCUGCCGCAACUGCCCUCUUCCUAGUAUUCACCACUAUUUCUAGACGAAUAAUCAAUUGUCAAUGGACAAAUUUUCGUGUUGCGCAUAGUCCACCUUAUGCAAAUGUUUAUCUUCAAGGUGAUGUUAUCCUGGGCGGAUUUUUUCCCGUUCAUCAACCACCACUAUUUGAUUCAGCUACGGCAACAAGUUGUGGUUCAAUUAAGAAAGAUCGAGGAAUACAACGUCUGGAAGCAAUGUUAUUUGCAUUGGAUGUUGUUAAUUUAAAGAAAAAUAAACUAAUGUCAUCGUUAUUAGGUAAAACAGAUACAAAAUUCGGAGCAUUAAUAUACGAUUCAUGUGAUUAUGAAAGUUAUGCGGUGGAGCGUGCAAUGAAUAUUUUACUACCAAACAUCCAUUGUUUUCCGGAAAAGAAAAAUGACGAAAAAUCAACUUUGCCUGUGGUAGGAGUAAUUGGAAGUGCGUCAUCGGUGGUAUCAAUGGCCAUCGCUGAUAUUUUACGUUUAGCAGAAAUUCCACAAAUAUCUUAUGCAUCAACAAGUUCCGAAUUAAGUCAAAAACCUCGUUUCCAAUAUUUUUCUCGUGUUGUACCUCCCGAUACUUAUCAGGCAGAGGCUGUUGUUGAAAUUAUUCAAUUUCUGAAUUGGACUUACGUGGCUGUUAUUAAAGAGACAGGAAGUUAUGGGGAACGUCUAACAGAUGAUUUUAAAGCUAAAUUAAAAAAUAAAAAUUUUGAUUCAUAUUUCGAAUCAUUGCGUCCGUCAACAAAUAUUAGAAAUCCAUUCUUCAUUGAAUAUUGGGAACAAACGUUCAAGUGUAAAUUUAAUGAUACAUCAUCGACAAUUUUUAAUGAAAAUUUUACUCGUAUUUGUACAGGUUAUGUUCAUUAUGUUGUUGAUGCUGUUUUUGCUUUGGUCAUUGCGGCACAAAAAUUAAUCAAUGAAAAAUGUAAAACGGACUCGUUAUGUGAUGAUUUUUUUCCUAUUAAUGGUACACAACUUCUAUCAAUUUUACGAAAUAUAAGUUAUAAAAACGAUUUAAGUCAAAGAAAUAUUCGUUUCACAGAUCAAGGUGAUGGUAUUGGUACUUACGAUAUCUUCCAAUAUCAAGUAAUAGAUGAUAGCGGCAAAUUAGGUUAUGUCACAAUUGGUGAUUUUAGUGAUAAUGAUGGUACUGGGGAACAUGUACAUAUUGACUUACAAAAAGUGAAAUGGUUUGAUCACGACGAUGACGGGGUUGCAGCUAUUCCACUUUCCUAUUGCAGCCCAUCAUGCAACCCUGGUCAUAUUCGCACAGCUAGUGAUAGCCAACAAUGUUGUUGGACAUGUGCGCCAUGUAAGAGUUUUGAAAUCGCCAUUAAUGACACAGAAUGUUUACCAUGUUCAGACAAGGAGAAGCCAAAUAUAAAUUCAACUAAAUGUGUUAAAGUUGAAGAAGAAUACUUAUCAAUACAAAAUGUCAUUGCCUGGCCAGCAAUCAUCUUAUCUUCGAUUGGACUACUAAUGGCCGUUUAUACCAUCUUAAUCUUCAUUCGCUUUGGUCGAACACCAAUAAUUAAAGCAUCGAGUCGUGAGCUGUGCUAUCUCCUGUUAACUGGAAUAUGUUUUUGUCAUUUAUGCGUAUGGCCACUAGUACUGAAACCACACAUUAUCACGUGUUUUCUAAUACGUAUUAGUGUUGGUUUGAGUUUAACAAUUUGUUUAGCAGCUCUACUGACAAAAACGAAUCGUCUAGCAAGAAUAUUUAAUAGUACAGCAAGUCGAGGUUUGAAACAGCCAUCGUGUUUAAGUCCACGUUCACAAAUAGGUUUAUGCGGAGGAAUUGUGUCAUUUCAACUCAUAGGUGUUAUUCUAUGGAUUGUCAUUGUACCUCCAUCCGUCAAACAAAAAUCCGAAGAAAAACAUAACCAACGGCGUAUUAUACGUGUAUGUCAAACGGACAAUGAAUACAUUGUAUUUUCGUUAAUAUACAAUAUGGUAUUAGUUAUUUGUUGUACACUGUAUGCGAUUAAAACACGGCACAUACCAGAAAAUUUUAAUGAAGCAAAACAUAUUGGAUUCGCGAUGUAUUCCGUAUGUAUUAUUUGGAUGGCAUUUUUACUGAUCUUUUUUGGCGUUCGGAGUAGCGAAAAUUGGUUUCGAAUUCAAUUGGUUAGUUUGGCAAUCUGUCUGAGUCUGAGUGCAACUGUGAUUCUGUUUAAAACAACUCUUGAAACUUCGACAGCAACAAAUAACAUGGAAAAUUCAAUUUUGAAUAGUAAGCAACAGACACUAUCGGAAAAUAUUUCAAACGACAGGGGAAAACAAAAUUCCAUCCGACACCGUCUACCAUCGACUGAUUACUCCGAAGUGACAAUGUGUUCAAAAUCUGAUAGUGCUGGGUUUGGUGAUGAGAUACAAAUGUUGAACGGAGCUUGUACAGACGCUGAGCGAAGGAUAAUCCCCACGUGCUAUUCAGUGUUUCAGCCGUCGACAUCGGUCAUACCGGGAAACAGCGCAGAGUCGACGGAAUUAAUACCAAAACGCAUAGAAAAUCCAUGGAAGAAAAUAGGAAAUGUUCGAAUUAAAUGCGACUCCGCUCCACAAGAAGAACAUAUUCAAGCAGAACACGUGACUUUUGUAUAA